AUGGAGAACCUAUCGGCUGCCUUCGAUACUGUGAACCAUCAGAUCCUCCUCUCCACCCUCUCCGAGUUGGGCCUCUCCGGCGUGGCCCACGCUUGGAUUGCGUCCUACCUGACAGGUCGCUCCUACCAGUUCCCCAGCCCCAGUUCCCCAGAGCCUCAGAUCCCCAUUCCCCAGUCCCAGAUCCCCAGUUCCCCAGAUCCCCAGCCCCAGUUCCCCAGCCCCAGAUCCCCAGAUCCCCAGCCCCAGUUCCCCAGAUCCCCAGCCCCAGUUCCCCAGAUCCCCAGUUCCCCAGAUCCCCAGCCCCAGUUCCCCAGAUCCCCAGCCCCAGAUCCCCAGUCCCCAUCCCCAGAUCCCCAGCCCCAGAGCCCCAGCCCCAGUACCCCAGAUCCCCAGCACCAGAUCCCCAGCCUCAAUCCCCCAAAUCCCCAGUACCCCAGAUCCCCAACCUCAAUCCCCCAGUUCCCCAGAUCCCCAGCCCCAGAUCCCCAUCCCCAGAUCCCCAGUUCCCCAGCCCCAGAUCCCCAGAUCCCCAGAUCCCCAGUUCCCCAGUUCCCCAGCCCCAGUUCCCCAUCCCCAGAUCCCCAGUUCCCCAUCCCCAGAUCCCCAGUUCCCCAGCCCCAGAUCCCCAGAUCCCCAGAUCCCCAGUUCCCCAGUUCCCCAGCCCCAGUUCCCCAUCCCCAGAUCCUCAGUUCCCCAGUUCCCCAGAUCCCCAGAUCCUCAAUCCUCAGUUCCCCAGUUCCCCAGUCCCCAUCCUCAGUUCCCCAGUUCCCCAGAUCCCCAUCCUCAGUUCCCCAGUUCCCCAGUCCCCAUCCUCAGUUCCCCAGAUCCCCAGAUCCUCAGUUCCUCAGUUCCCCAGUUCCCCAGUCCCCAUCCCCAGUUCCCCAGCCCCAGAUCCCCAUUCCCAGAUCCCCAGCCCCAGAUCCCCAUUCCCAGAUCCCCAGCCCCAGAUCCCCAUCCCCAGAUCCCCAGCCCCAGAUCCCCAGAUCCCCAGUUCCCCAGCCCCAGAUCCCCAGAUCCCCAGAUCCCCAGCACCAGAUCCCCAACCUCAAUCCCCCAGAUCCCCAGAUCCCCAGCCCCAGAUCCCCAGUUCCCCAGCCCCAGAUCCCCAGUUCCCCAGCCCCAGAUCCCCAGAUCCCCAGAUCCCCAGCACCAGAUCCCCAACCUCAAUCCCCCAGAUCCCCAGAUCCCCAGCCCAAGAUCCCCAGUUCCCCAGCCCCAGAUCCCCAGCCCCAGAUCCCCAGCCCCAGAUCCCCAGAUCCCCAGUUCCCCAGCCCCAGAUCCCCAGAUCCCCAGAUCCCCAGCACCAGAUCCCCAACCUCAAUCCCCCAGAUCCCCAGAUCCCCAGCCCAAGAUCCCCAGUUCCCCAGCCCCAGAUCCCCAGCCCCAGAUCCCCAGCCCCAGUUCCCCAGCCCCAGAUCCCCAUUCCCAGAUCCCCAGCCCCAGAUCCCCAUUCCCAGAUCCCCAUCCCCAGAUCCCCAGCCCCAGAUCCCCAUCCCCAGAUCCCCAGCCCCAGAUCCCCAGUUCCCCAGUCCCCAUCCCCAGAUCCCCAGAUCCCCAAUCCCCAGCCCCAGAUCCCCAUCCCCAGAUCCCCAGCCCCAGAUCCCCAGUUCCCCAGUCCCCAUCCCCAGAUCCCCAGAUCCCCAGUUCCCCAGAUCCCCAGAUCCCCAGUCCCCAUCCCCAGAUCCGCAGAUCCCCAGUCCCCAUCCCCAGAUCCGCAGAUCCCCAGAUCCCCAGCCCCAGAUCCCCAGAUCCCCAGAUCCCCAGUUCCCAGUUCCCCAGUUCCCCAGAUCCCCAGAUCCCCAGCCCCAGAUCCCCAGAUCCCCAUCCCCAGAUCCUCAGUUCCCCAGCCCCAGAUCCCCAGAUCCCCAGCCCCAGAUCCCCAGAUCCCCAGUCCCCAUCCCCAGUCCCCAUCCCCAGAUCCUCAGAUCCCCAUUCCCAGAUCCCCAGAUCCCCAGAUCCCCAGAUCCCCAGUCCCCAUCCCCAGUCCCCAUCCCCAGAUCCUCAGAUCCCCAUUCCCAGAUCCCCAGAUCCCCAGAUCCCCAGAUCCCCAGUCCCCAUCCCCAGUCCCCAUCCCCAGAUCCUCAGAUCCCCAUUCCCAGAUCCCCAGAUCCCCAGAUCCCCAGAUCCCCAGUCCCCAUCCCCAGUCCCCAUCCCCAGAUCCCCAGAUCCCCAUUCCCAGAUCCUCAGAUCCCCAUCCCCAGAUCCCCAGAUCCCCAUUCCCAGAUCCCCAUUCCCAGAUCCCCAGCCCCAGAUCCCCAGAUCCCCAGUCCCCAUCCCCAGUACCCCAGAUCCCCAGAGACGGGAUACUCAGAGACUCAGAGACCCAGAGACCCAGAGACGCAGAGACCCAGUGACCCAGACGACUCAGAGACCCAGAGACCCAGAGACCCAGAGACUCAGAUGACUCAGAGACGCAGAGACCCAGAGACCCAGAGACUCAGAGACUCAGAGACUCAGAGACUCAGAGACUCAGAUGACUCAGAGACGCAGAGACGUAGAGACACAUAG